AUGACGAAUCGUCGUGAUUAUACCAGCACUGCUGAGUCAAGCAAUAUUUUACCAAAUGCCACUGUUCGUCAGUUACAUGGACCUCCUGACAAUGAAUCAGAGUCUUCUACCUCAUCUGUCACUCCAAAGCAGGAGAAUAGUACUCCAGUAAUAUUGUGGAAAGAAUCACAAGUUUUGGGGUCAGAAAAAAUACCUGCAUAUAACUGGCCUUCUGUUAUUACUAACGGCCGUAACAAUGAAGAAACAUCUUCUACUGAACCGCCACUAGGUCUUUCACAGUUACCAAGCACACGCCCAUGGAAGUCAGUUGCUGUUCCACAGGAACUGGAAACGGUUCCUUCAGCCAUCGAGCUGCCUGCAUCGGCAUUGGCUACAGGAGAGGCUGCGAGCCAUCCCCAUGUUAUCAACGCUGCUGAUUCAAACCAUGUAGUACCGAAGGCCACCGUGAAGCAGCUGCAUGGACCUCCUGACAGCAAAAUUCAGUUAUAUCCUCCGUCCAAAAGUGACAGUGCAGAGGACCAAGUGAGAACUAAUGACGGUCGAGCAGAUACCUCGAAAAUAGAUCACUGGGGCCCAGAGAAGAGACUCCCUUCACAUCGCUGGCCAGACUUCGGAGUUUCUACUGGUCAUGACAGUCAGGAAGCAUCUUCCAUGGGACACCAACAGGGACUUUCACGGUUACCCAGCAAACGCGUAUGGAAGUCUGUUGUUGUUCCACAGAAACCGGAAACGGUUGCUUCAGACAGCGGAACGCCUGCGUCCACUCUGGUGUCUACAGAAGAGACGUCUACCCAUCCACACGUUGCCAACAGUGCUGAUUCAAACCACGUAAUACCAGAAACCACCGUGAAUCAUGGGCCUUCUGACAGUGAAAUUCUACGGUAUCCUCCGUCCAAAACAGCCAGUGCAAAGGACCGAAUGAAAGCUAAUGAUGGUCGAGCAGAUACUUCCAAAACAGAUCACUGGGGUCCAGAGAAGAGACUCCCGUCUUAUCGCUGGCCAAACUUUGGAGUUCCUACUGGUCGAGACAGUGAGGAAGCAUCUUCCAUGGGACCUCAACAGGGAUUUUCACGGUUACCCAGCAAACGCCCAUGGACUUUAGUUAACAAUGCACAACCAAUGAUAACCAAAGAUUGGACCACAGAGUCUGAAUCUGUCUUGACGAAUGCAGGUGCUACAUUGAGCCACGGCAGCGUCAUUGACACUGCUGUUUCAAGCCACAUGAUACCAAAAACCACUGUGAAACAGCUGCGUGGGCCUCCGGACAGAGAAACCGAGUGGUAUCCUCUAUCGGAAUUUGUUAACCCAGGGGGUCGAAGAGAGGAGAACAGCAGUCCAACCGAGACCUCACAGCCAUAUGGCUGGGGUCCAGAGAAAACACCGCCAUCUCAUAGACGUCCAGAUGGUAUGACGAUUGAUAACGAGAGGCAGGAGACAUCUAUCCCCCGCCCUCCACCUGGACUUCCGCAAGUGCCCAGUAAGUAUCCGUGGGAAUCAUCUGAUUUUCCUGAAAGAGGGGACGCGAAAGGUUCGGUCAUAAAACAACUAUUAACCAUCGAAAAACAAGCAGGGACGCCGAUGUCUGGUAAGAAUGUGCAGUAUCAGUUAAAAGAGGAGCAGAAAGUUCCAGUCAGCGCUGUAACUCCAAAGACAGAACAUAAUUUUCUGCCUAUCUUGAGGGUGGCACACCUGUUGUUAGAAGCCGCAAGGAAACAAGCCGACGGACCUUCUGACACGGAGUUGCAACGCUCAUCUACGAAUGAAACUGCUACAGUCCUGAGAGAGUCAGAGCUCUCUCGAAUAACGAAACAGUUGUCUACCAUCACGCAAUUGCUUAUUUCUGGAUUGCUACUGAACGUACUCACCACUAAGCAACUGCAAGGUUGUUCCCUAGACAGCCCUCUACUGAACUAUACCUCAGAGGAGUUGCUGGGACCUACACUGACGUCACUAAACUUACCGGCUGCUGAUGUUGUAACAGCCGCUCCUGGUGUGGCGAGUAGUUACACAGUCGACUCUCACUACAAAGACACCUCAUUGUGGAAUACUUCUUCGGAAACUUCAACAGGCGCCUCCGACACGUUCUCCAUUCGAUCCUGGGUGUCACGGCCAAUACCAGUUGUCCCGCUUCCAGAGGGAGUGAGUGACGUGGUUGGCGAUCAUCCGUCCCCGGAUGGGCUGCCUCCGCCACCACCUCCAGAAUUUACGAACGAGGAACUAGACGGUGUAGAAUCAGUCGGUGGAAGCUUGGCGAGCGGUUGGCACACCACGACGACGCAGUCUCCUCAAGGUUGCGCAGCAUCAAGUGCAGCUACUACUCAGCCUCCAACCAACUACUGGGACACCACUCAAUCCACAUACAACUACUGGUAUCCAACCACUACAACUACUCAGUCGCCCUACAAUUACUGGUACCAAAAUAUGAAUACGACCCAGUAUCCGUAUAACUACUGGAACCCCAGCACUACUACAACACAAUCCCCUCAAAAUUACUGGAAUACGAAUGAAGCUACUACUCAGCGUCCUUAUAAUUACUGGGAUACAAGCACAACUACAAUACGUCCUCCUUACAACUAUUGGUAUACAAAUAAAGACACAACUCAGAAUCCUCUCAAUUACUGGGGUACAACCACAUCCACAACACCGUCUCCUUAUGACUACUGGAAUACAAACCAGAACCCACAAAAUUUCUGGGAGACAACAAAUACGACUACAGCAAGUCCUUACGAUUAUUGGCAGACAGCCACGACUACGACUCAGUCGCCUUACAGUUAUUGGUCUACAACGACACAAGACCCGCGUUACUGGUAUACAACACCAACUAGUUCAACGCCCACAAAGUCACCGUACGAAAUUUGGUACGAUUAUUGGUACGGUAACGCCACAACGAGUACUAAAUCACCUUACCAAAACUGGUACGAUAAUUGGUACGGUAACGUCACAACAACUACCAAGUCACCGUAUGAAAACUGGUAUGAUAACUGGUAUGGUAGUACAACAACAACAACAACAACAAACAAGUCACCAUACGAAAACUGGUAUGAUAAUUGGUAUGGUAACGCAACAACAACAACCAAGUCACCCUACGAAGACUGGUACGCUAAUUGGUAUGGUAACACCACAACAACUACCAAGUCACCCUAUGAAAACUGGUACAAUUACUGGUAUAGUAGCUCCACUACAACGACAAAGUCACCUUAUGACAGCUGGUACGACUACUGGUCAAAGAAAAGGACGACGACAACAACACCAACGACGAGUGAGCCACAGUCACAAUAUAAUUGGUACUACGGCUGGCCAACGACUACAACGAGCAAGCCACCGCCGACGAACCCAACACAGUCCCAGUACAACUGGUACUCUGGCUGGCCCACCACAACCAGGCCUAGUACUACUGAGCCACCAACUACACAGCGGCCAUGGUACGACUACUGGUCGACACCAUCUACCACUACGAGCAAACCACCGACAAAUGCACAAUCACAUUACAACUGGUAUUACGGCUGGCCAACACAGACCACAUCAAAGAGUACAGAGCCACCUACUACACAGAGACCAUGGAACGACUACUGGUCAACGACGUCUCGUCCACCAAGUACACAAUCGCAGAACAACUGGUUCGACAGCUGGAAGAUACCCACAACGACACAGCGUCCGUGGUACGAUUACUGGUCGACAACCAGUCGUCCUCAGAGCGGUCAGUCGCAGUACGACUGGUACCACAACUGGCUUGGUACCACAACUGCAACAGCGACCUCGCAGCCCCCAACGGAACUUCCGACAACCACUCGUAGUCCGUGGUAUGACUACUGGGGAACCACAAAGCGACCUUACGCGUGGUACAACAGCUGGGGAAAUGGCCCAGCUGCCACCACCAUCACCACCACCGAGUCUCCUACUUCACAAGCACAGGCCACUGGGUCCCCGCCGUACAGUUACUGGUCUCCUGGUCAACAGCCAGCUGAUCCGAUGCAGUCUUCCGACAACACCGUCUCGUCUGGUGACAAACCUGCAGUGCAACAGCUGCAGGGCACUCAUUAUAAUCCUGACGGCAGUUACGUCUUGGACGUGCCAGGGCAUCACGAGGAGGGCUUUUAUAGGGUCCCUGCAGGUGGAGGUGCACCAGUGUUCGUGAAGCAAGGCUAUUACACGUACACGGACGGUACUGGAGAACGGCACACCGUGUCCUACGUCGCGGAUGAGUACGGCUAUAGGACGAGCGGCUCGUGA